AUGCCCGCUGAACGAGCGGGAUACACUGUAACAAUGUUCCUGGUCGAUUUGUCUCCUUCAAUGGGGACCACAAGGAAUGUCGAACUUCCCCCAGACGCCAAUGGAGACCAGCACACGGCCGAAAUCACGAACCUUGAAUACGGACUCCAGUUCGUCAAGCUGAAGAUUCAAGAAAUGAUAUACAAUGGUCGAAAGACAGACCAAUGUGGGGUCAUCGUAUUUGGGUCAGAAGAGACCGACAAUAUUGUUAACGAGAAGAAUGGAGGGUAUGAACAUGUCUCCGAAUACAUACCGAUCGGGCAGCCUAAUGCCAGUACGCUUGCCAAACUUGAUGCGCUUGAGCCAUCGUCAGUCGCUGGAGACCCUAUUGACGCGCUUGUUGUGGCCGUGGAGACUCAGAAUACGUACCUCGCAUCCAAGAAGACAUGGACCAGGAAAGUGGUUCUCGUUACCGACGGCGAAAGUCCUAUGGAGACGGAGGACUGGGAGGCUAUCGUUCAGAAAAUGGACACUCUGGAUGUCUGGCUCACUGUUGUGGGUGUCGACUUCGACGAUGACGAGCUGCCGUUCUACGAAGAGAAUAAAUCCAGCAUCAAGAAAGCCAAUGAGGAAUUCCUGACCCAAUUUGCGUCUUCCUUGCGAACAGGGAUUAUUGGGACAUGUGCACUUGCCCUGCGAGAAACUACGAAGCCCGAUAUCAAGCAAACUAAAUCUACGUUGAUGGGCACUGUCCUCCGCUUAGGUGAUACUGAUACUCGACCCGAGGAAGCUUUCGAGAUCAACGUGAAGAAUAGCAAAUGCACAGCCAUAGCGCGUGCGAAGAGCUGGAAGAAAUUCGCGAUGCGGCCAAUGGAUGAGGAGGACGGCAUGGAUGAAGAAGACAGGCAAGCUAUCUACGCGGAACUGAAAAUGAGGUCAGAGUAUCACCUGGAUCCAAAUAUUGGGGAAGACGAGGACGGUGUAAAGAUGGAGGUUGACGAAGAGGACAAGACGAAGGCUUUGGAAGUCGUAGAGAAAGAGCAAUUGAUCCGAGGCUUCAAGUACGGUUCGACUUACGCCCCAUGUCCUGACGGUCAAUUCCCGAAACUACCCACCAGGAAGGGGAUAGAUAUCUGUGGAUUCUUCAAAGCGAAGAACUUCCGUCGUGAACUCUCCAUGGGCGAAAUACAAUAUAUCUGGGCUGACCCAGGCCAGCCACAACAACAAGUAGCCUUGUCCUCGAUUGUCCAAGCGAUGAUUCAGAAAGGUUACAUGGCUAUCGCCCGAUGGGUCACCAAAGACGGUAUGGACCCGAAGAUGGGUGUACUUUCACCGGUUAUGUUCGAUAAAGUGGAGUGUUUCUUGUGGGCCCAGAUGCCCUUCGCCGACGACAUCCGGAAGUAUACGUUCGCCUCUUUGGAUAGGUUGAUAAAUAAGAGAGGCGAGCUGAUUACGGAGCAUCCGUAUAUACCGACGAAAGAGCAGCAAGCGGCUAUGGAUAAAUUUGUGGACGCGAUGGACUUGAUGGAGGCUGGCGACAAGGACGAAGACGGAAACAGACAGCCAUGGUUUGACACACGAUUGUCUUAUAACCCGGCAGUGCAUCGUGUUAAACAAGCCAUGUUUCACUGUGCAGUAGUCACCGACAUCGCCACCAAUCCCCUUCCCCCGCCUCAUCCAGAGUUGCUCAAAUAUUUCGAUCCGCCGAAGAGGGUAUUGAAAUAUGCGAAAGACGCGAUAGAAGAAUGCCAGGCGACGUUUAAGGUCAGACAAGUUCCUAAGCGUGUCGCGAAGCAGCGGAAGGACGGACACGUUCACGCCAGAUACGACGACGACGAGAUGCUCCUCCUCGACAAGAAACCAACUACGAAAACCCAAGGGGCUACGCAAUCCCCCACGCAGACUCGAAGUGCUCAAUCAUCGCCCAAGGGUAAGGCGAAGGAGACAAAGCCACCAGACAGUGAAACGGAAGACGACGAGUCAGAUGGCGAAAUGCUGCUCGACCGCGCCGCUCCAUUCAAAGCCGAGCACCCUGCUGCCAAGAAGCCGCCAUCCAAUCACCCAUUGCCCACUCCUGCACGCUCGAUGUCCCCUGACCCCGGUCGGGCUCCAGGUCGCAUUAUCGGUGCUGCAUUCCCGUUAAAGGAUUUUCGGCAGAAUUUGGAGAGCGGGGAUCUCGUUACCAAAGCCGUCGAAGACUUGGGUGAAGUGAUUAAGGAGAUCGUUGUCAAGCCGUUUGCUAUGCGGAGGAAGGCAGAGCUUUUGGAAUGCAUGGAGGCUCUAAGGGAGACGUGCUUGAAGGAAGAUGAGAUCGACGCUUGGAAUAGUUUCCUGAAGGGCCUCAAAACAGUCUGCGCAUCCUCGCCUGGAAAUUCUGCCUUCUGGUCGGCAGUACAAACACACAACGAGACGCUCAGCCUCAUCACUAAAGCAGAAGCGAAGGAGCAUGGUGGCCUUUCACUGAUAUUAGCGUCUGAAGCUGAGGAGUUUUUCUCGUAA